UUUUUCUUUCAUUAUUCGGCAGUGCUAGUUGUUUAAAUUCUAAUCAAUAUACUGUAUAUAUAAAUUAUUAUUACUUCCAAGGAAUAUAAAAGAAUUUAAUAACAUGGCUGUAUUAUACCUUAAAUACAUCGAAGGACGUAUUCCAGUCGUUGUUCAUGGUGUAUUAUGUCUUGUAGCUUAUUUGUUUUGGUCCGUCUUUGCUGUCGUAGCUGUUCCCAUAAUGGCUAUAUUUCGGUUCCUAAAGUUUUUUGAAUAUGUGUUGAUAUCAUAUCAAAAGAUUGGAACUGUCUUUUCCACAUUGGAUAUACCUUUUCUGCACGAAACAGAAAGCAAUCGAAAUUUCAUAAUUGGAAUGAUUGAAGUACAAGGCGAACCAAAUAUUGAAAAGUUGCGAAAACUCGUGCUAUCUCGAUUAUUUGACAAAAAAAGAAAUCUCGAUGUAACUUAUCAAAGAUUAUCACAAAUAGUAUCAAGACGUUAUCUGACGUAUGUCUGGACAGAUGAAGCAAACUUUAACAUAAAGCAGCAUAUUCCUGUAUACAAAGGCGUAAUGCCAGCAAAUAAAAAAGACGCAGAAAUUAUAUUCUCAAAAUUUGCUGCAGAACCCCUGCCAAAGAAGAUCUCCCCUUGGUUGUUUCGCAUAAUACCAAAAGAAGGCAAGGAAAGUUUUUUCAUAUUUUGCAAAUUCCAUCAUUGUAUAGGCGAUGGAUUUGCUAUGGUUGGUUUACUAUCCCAGCUGGUUGAUGACAAGCCCAAAUUUAUCAACGCUAUUAACCAAAAAAGCAGAUUUCUGGAAAAUCAAAUGAAGCGUAUUAUUUCUGGAGUUUUCACUGGUCCGCUAGCAUUGCUUGCUUUGGUGCUCUCAAUAAAUUUGGAAAACCCUUUCCAAGCAUUCACCACUCCAGACAAAAAGACAGUGAGUUGGUCUUCACCAAUUAGUUUAGAUCUUGUGAAGAAAAUUAAAACAAAAACAGGGUGCACUGUGAAUGAUGUUCUGAUGUCAUGCUUGGCAGGUGCAAUAAGGACAUAUCUAACAAACCUUAAAUCCGAUAAGUUGACAGACUUACCAAUUGCAAUGACUUUUAAUUCUCGCUCAGUUUCUGAUAAGCUGAAAAAGCACAUUCCACUUGGCAACCAUUCUGGUGGAUUGUUCCUUAACUUGCCCAUAGCAACAGAAGACCCAAUUACACGACUUCAUCUCACACGUGAACGCAUAAAUAAAUUAAAAAGUUCAUCACAUCCCCAUCUAUUUUCGUUUAUUUACUUUAAUAUUGUUGGCGGUCUACCUGAAUUUUUUGGAAGGUAUUCAACAUUUGCCGUGAAAAGACAUGCCUCUCUAAUUUGCUCCAACGUACCUGGUCCAACUGAUAGGCUUUACAUUCUUGGACAGCCAGUCCGAUGUAUUGUUUUUACACCACCUUUGCAUGCUGACUUAGGGUUGGCGGUUUCAUUAUUCAGUUAUAACAACUGGAUAGAACUCACUGUAAUGAGUGAUGAAAACAUUAUUGCUGACCCAACAAAAUUAACAAAUGCUUUUGAGCGUGACGUCCAACUGUUAGCUGAAAGAAUAUUAAUUGCUGAUUAAAACUUCUAGCUUGCAACAUUAAUGUUACGAAAUUUCGAAGUCUUUAUCUUUCAUUUUCCUCUUUGGGAUUUAAUUAUGCACUUUUUUAUCAAUUAUGAUAAUACGGAAAUUGAGAUUGUGUGUCUGUAACAGGCAAAGUGGCUUAUAUUUUCGACAAUUUUCUAUAAAAACGUCUAUAAAACACCAACGGAAAGCUAGAUUUUGUAUAUUUAAAUUUAAAAAAAAAAGCGAUUUGAUCAGCUGUGAAUUUUAUUGUAUGCUUAAAUAUACUGUGACAGGGAAUGUAAUUGUUUUGUUAUAAAUUGUACGGACAAAGUCACGCGCAGUUAACAUUGUUAUUGCUGAUGUGUACUUUGUACGUAACGUUUUAUUUGUAGCAUUUUAAUGAAAUUUUAACAAACUGUUCUGUGAUAAAAAGAAUAAUAAAUUUGAAAAAGUUUUUUAAGUGAAUUCUUCCACGGGUUUAAACAACUUGUUCAAUACAUUAAUACGGAACUUUGUCUGUCUUUAACAAGUAAUUGUGUUUAUUUUUCUAUGAAGUCGCCACAUAAGUUAUGUCUAAUUUUUUAACUUUAUUGACGUUUCUUCUAGACGUAAAUGCAUUUUAGACUAAUGUCAAUAGCAAUUUUUUAAAAUUAAGUUUUAAGUUUCAGGCCUGAUAUCCUGGAAGCGGGUGAUAAUAACUGAAGUCACGGCCGUGUGGUUAAGUAAAGGCCACCUGGAACCAAUUUGGCGAGUUCUAUAAAGCCGGGGCAUUAUCGGAUUUUAUACAGCGCAGCCUGAGCGCGAGAAAAGCGCUUGUAGGGAAAAAUUUUAGCUUGUUUUUUGUUUGACUCGAUAGCCCAGUCCAGUCUCUUAGUGACUUUCUUACAAGGAACUUUUUGUGUCCUACGAAAAAAAGGCAAAAAUAUGUAACCUUAUCUGGUGUUUCUUUCCUAAUUAUUUGUUUUACAUACUAACGCUUGACGUCUAAAUAACUUCCUGAAAUGGUGCUGCUAGUCUGCUCUGUGGUAUAUUAACUUUAUUAAAACUUAAGCACUAGUUGGUAAAUAGAUGACACACUGGUAGAUAUUAGUACACAUGAUUUUCUUAUGACCAAACUAUAACUAGCGAGCUAGGUGGAAACCAACAUGCAUGUAUGACCUUGGUUGCCUAGGAAACAAGGAUUACCAAACAAUAAUGAAUUUACGGCUUCGAGGCUUCGUACCAAUGUAAUGUUUUCUUUUAAAGGUAAAAAAAAUCUGUAAAUUGAGUAAACAAAGUAAUAAAGUUGUUACAAAAAUUAGGAGUCAUGUGUUUAUAAAUAUUUUGCGGAAAUGUUUUUUGAAUAAGGAUAAGAAAAAUAUUUUCUUACAUUCACGUGAUUUUGCUAUGAUUUGUUCCCAACCAUAUUCCAUCCCUGUCAAAAAAGUUCGACCUACCUAUCCCCUUUGUAUGCUGUGUUUAUAUAAAGGUUUUUCUAAAAAAUUAUUGUUUAUGUUUGUCUGCAGAAUGUAUGUUUAGUGCUAUCACUCUGUUUGUAUUUCUCUUUGCUCACUUGUACAGUCAUGUAUGUCUAAUUUGUCUCAGCAUGAAUAUCCUACAAUUAUGUUGCAUCUUAGUUACGUGUGUAUUGUUUAAUGUUUAAUUGUUACUGCUAAUUUCAUUAGGGAUUUCAGCAUAAAAUAUUUUCUUUUAGGUAUUAUCUAUGGUAAUUACUUUAUAUAAUGCAUGUUGUUCACAUUUUUUUACUCAUUCUGUCAAGCACAAAUGUAAGGCAGUGAAAAGAUUUUAAGUCUUAAGAACCUUUGAAUCAGAGUAUCAGAAUCAAGUCAAAUUUUCAAUAUAAAGUUAAAUUUUGCACUUUGACAAGUUUAUCCUGUUUUAUACUUGGGCAACCUCUGUUAAAAACAUUAUCUAAUAUAUUUAUAUUUCGAUAUUUUUAUCAAACAUUUGUCAAACUUCAAUAAAGCUAAAAAUUUUAUAUUUCUUUCUUACUUUGAAUAACGUAACUACUUGGAUUAACUUGGAUUAUCAUAAUUUUUUAUUACAAACAAUAAAUGAAUAAAUAAAUGAAUGAAUGAAUGAAUAAAUGUUAUGUCUGUUCUUUUGUGCACCUUAACACUUUGAUAUCAUUGACCAUUCCAUAAAAGUUAUCAGUGUUUCUAAAAAAAAGGUCAAAAUCGUGUUCAAAGUUGGAGAACUAUCGUAAGAAGUGACAAACUUUUCUCUAGAUGUUUUUAGGCUUUUGGAUGACGCAAACGGCAUGACUUCAGUGUUACCGUUGUUAGUAUUGAGAUAAAGUUUGUUUAUUUUUGAGCGGUACAUUAAUUUACACAAAGUUAUUAUAUAAUAUAAAUAGUUUUGAAUUACAUCAAUUCCUGAUCUUUUAUUCCAUAAAAAGGAAGCGUGUUUUAUAUGACCUAUUGUACUAAAAGUAAACAAAAAAUUCGUCACACAAUAAUUUUGCAGUCACUUGAUUGAUCUGAAAACUAUGUUGUAUAAUCUAGUAACUCUUGCUUUUCUAGAAAUUCUAUAAGUCCUUUGUGUGGUGCUUCUUUAACAAGAAGAAUGAGUAGAAGUGUGGCGUUUUGUAGCAGAGAUUAAAAAAAUAUGAUGCAGCACAAACAACCUACGCUUCAAUAAAGUUUUCAAAUAAUCUUUCUUAUGCCAAAUGCAGUUAGUACUAUAACAAUCUUCGGAAAGAACAGAUGACAGCAGCUUGUGGAAUUGCUCUUAAGAUUUCCACCAAAAUUCACCACCAAAAUGAAACAGAAAGAUCAAAAUAAAGGAAACUGUGGUUCAUAUCUUGACCCAUUAGAACCAGGAGAAGAGAACUAAUUCUUAACUAUCGUAGAAAAGGAGGAAAGGAAAGAUGAGAUCUUUCUGGGAAGAUACGAUAGCUGUAGUAGUAUGAGGGAAAAGAGAAGAAGGGCAGGUAUAUGAUGUUUCCCUAAAAAGAACAAAAAAUACAGAACAAAACACUGCAUAGAAACAUAUUGAUGCCAUGCGAUGCACUCAUUGAUAACAACGAGUUACUUGUGACCUUAGUCCUAGAAACCUCGAUAGGAUAUACCUAAGCAACUUAAUAACGGCAUACGUAACAAGGCAGGGAUUGUGGAUGGGGGAGUUGAGGUGUCUGAUGAAUACGUCAGAAACUGGUUAACAAAAAAGACACUGAAAAAAGGAUUAAAAAAGUAAUCGAAAUUGGGUAAAGUGAAAGCAGAGGAGAGGCAAAAGGACACGACGAAGCAAAGAAGUAACACAAGAGGUCAAUAAAAUGAAGUGGGGAAGACUCAAGCGAAAUGACGUCAAAUGCUUCAACGUUACGGAACCAAAUGUAACCAGUACCUUUAAUUCAUUAGGAGCCGGUCGUCUACAUAGUGCCCUGUACGGUUUUGACGUUGAUGGUUCAAUGUCUUCCCUGAUGCUACUACUGUUAAUUAGAGGGGUUUUAGGAGAUCAGCUACAGUAAAUUGCAAUACUCGGCUAUGACGACAAACGAUUUAAUUUAUGGAGAAGCUAGUUCAUGACACAGUAAUAUUUUUCUAAUCCCUUUGUCCACACAUCUUCCUUUGUCUACGUACGAUACUUACAAACAAAAUAUUUUUAUAGUAAAAUCUUCAUCUUUUUUUGCUACCAAGAAUCAAGUAACGUGACCACCUUCUAUUGUUCUAAAACACUAGAGAACUUCGUCUAAUUUGCCCGUAAUCUCACUUUGAUUUCCUAUAACCGAACAUUGCGUUCAGAAAGAAGGUGUCAAGUUACGAUAACACUAAAAUAAAAUGACAAAAUUGACAAAAUCCAUUUCAAAUAAUAACUUAUUUUAACAACAAACAUUAAACAAAAGCUUUAAUCUCUUAUUUUGGCUGCAUAUAUUUUAACAAGGCUUUCUGCAAUUAAUUUGGUUUCCCAAGCCAGCUGCAUUUGAAGUACCUCCUUCCAUUAAGUCACACAACAUGAUUUCCAAGCUAUAUUGUAUGCUAAAUUUCAAGCUGCAACAGCUGUUGCCUUGAGUGAUCCUGGGCUAGCAAGAAGUUGAAUUAAUUAAAGUUAAUUUUGUCUUCUUCUGUAUAUAGCAUCAAUUAAUUGCAGUUAAAUUAACCUUCCUCUUUUAUCAAAUGUGCGCUAUCUCAUCAAUCCUUCAUUAAAUGUGGAUAACCCAAAUCAAUUGAGAACUACUCCACAAUUCACAUUUUAUUAAGAAAAACAGCGUCAGAAAAAAAAGAAUGUAUAUUUAUUUCCAUAUAAAUUUACAAUGGGAGGCACAUAAAUGCUUUAUUUUUCUUAAUCAGGCUGGAAGUUAAAGACAAGAUUUUAUUUAAGCUGUAGAUAACAGUUUUAAGUUAUUAGUUUGUAGACUGUAGCUAGGUAUCUAACUAUAUGUUUUGGCUAGCAACAAAAAUAUUAAUAGCUAAAUUAAGACUGAAAAGAUAGGCAACACCAUUUUUAAAAUUUUAGUAAAACAAAAAGGAUUUUUUUUUUUAAAUCAGCUAAGUAGCAAACUGUUUAAAGGUCGAGGAUUUACUGUAAAAUUAAUGUGGGGUAUAAUGUCACUUUUACAUUAGCAUGCGCUUAAAAACGUACACUCUAAAUGUUUUCUAACUAUGUUUAACAAGACCUCUUUAUAAAAACGUGAAUAGUACAAAAAUUAUUAUAAACAAAACAUAUUUUGAAUAUAUUCUUUAUUAGUCCUGACAAUGCAAGAUUAUAAUAAAUUAUUCCUCAAAUACUUUUUUUGUUAAAGAAACUAUGCAACGUGAUUAACCUUCGAAGCAAUACACAAUUAAAAAAAUGUAAAGCUUAUUAAGUAUUCUAAUGGGAAUAAACAGCUAUACAUAUCGGAGCUCGCUGUGAAACAAUAAGAUCUGUAAUAGAUUUUGCAACAGAAAAGCUGCUGAUAUACUAAUCUUGUGUACUACUGCUAGGUAAGGUUUUAUUUUAUUUGCCUUUUAUUUAUUUUUAUUAUUUUAAUUUACUCUUCGCAAUGUAACAUAUUAAUUGACGCGGUAUCUGAUCGAAAAGGAACAACUAGAUUAUAUGCUUUGUAGAGGCAACAGUUUUUUCAGCUCAGUCUCAGUGCUGUUGAUAAAAUUCUGUCGAUUCCACGUUAUGGCAUUGCUUAGUUGUUGCUUACAUUUAUAUUAGUACAUAAAGUGGCUACAUAAAGUGACUACAUAAAGUGAAAGUUCUGGAGAUAUAAUAGAGUGCUGUAACGUUCAUGGGAAGGGACGAAAAAAUUGGUUGAGAAAUAGAUUCAGAUUUUGUAGGGAUUUUUUUCAUCCUUUCAUCUGAGAUACAAAAACAUUCAAAAAAUUCUAGUUUCUGUAUGUCAUUGAUGAAAUUUCUAGUUGAGUUGCUUAUAAAGUGUUGUUUAUUGAUAAGAACUUAAUUUACAAGAUGCUUAAGCUGAAUUCCAUUAUGAAUUACAGUUUGAGUCUAGGAUUAUUAAGGAACAAUUAGUUUUAUAUUUCUUACUUAUAUACAUGUAUGUUUUAAAAAACGAUAACUUUAA